UUUUAUUCUUUAAUACGUUCUUGGAUUUCAGCUCUCGCUUACUCGAAUCUCCAGCCAUUUUCGCACUAUUCAGAUCUCUGCCAUUUGUUCACAGAAUCUUCGAAGUUACUACAAUUCGGCUCACAGCCUGAUUCAACAGCUCAAACAAACAAAAAAGCAUCUUGCUUACAAACAUCUCCAGCCAUUUUCGCUCUACUCCGAUCUCUGCCGUUUUCUUACAGAUUCUUUGAAGUUGCUACAAUUCGGCUCACUGCAGCCUGAUUCAACAGCUCAAACAAACAGAAAAGUCCUCUGUUCAUUACAUUUUCUUGGCAGCCAUGGACAUGCUGUGGCUGAUGCUGCUACUGCUAUUCUUCCUUCAGAGCGCUCCCGUCUGCAGCGCUGCGACGAAAACUGGCGUUAACAAUGGCAACAAAAUGUUUCAAGAAAGAGGAAAAGGAGGAGGAAGUUUCAACCAGAUUCACAACAUGGUGGAGGCGAUGAUAGCUGCGGGAGAUUUCAGUGAAUGGGGCAACGUGAUGUACGCAAUGAACCCCGACAAUCUUCCCAUGACAGCCACGUUCUUGGUGCCCACAGACGACGCCCUCGACGCAUUCUCCCUCACCUCGGAUCUCACUGCCUCCGCCGUUCUCUACCACACCCUGCCCCGUCGCUUCUCCUUCCUCGAUCUGCAACGCUUCCACGUCGGGACGCGCCUGCCCACGCUCCUGCCCAACGCCACCAUUCUCCUCACCCGCAACGACGCCUCGAAUUUCACUCUGGAUGACGCCCGCAUCACGCAUCCUGAUAUCUAUGUUGACGCCACCUGUGCCGUCCAUGGGGUUGCCUCGGUGCUCAAUUUCAAGCGCUACGCUACUCAAAGACUAAGGCCUGUGAAGACCACGGUGUCCUCCACCCCUUCAAUCGAAGCGCUCACGCCUUUGCCCACGCCUUUGCCCACCUCUUCUGACGCGCCCUGCCUCUGUGCGGAGUUUCCUCUCGCGCUCACUGCCGUCUCCGUUGUCUUGGCAUUACGCUUUCUCCGCCUGCCUCUCCGCUGGCGCUGAACAGUUAUAUAUACAUGCACAGUACUAUGUGUAUACGCCCACACGAUGACAAUAUAUACACACAGGCUGCUUGAUAAUGGCCGAGAGGAUUCUUUCCGGGUUUUGUCUAUCUUGAGUUGAGGUCAUUUCAAUGACCGGCUGAGUGCAGUAUACUACUUGUCUGUUUGUAAGUUAGUGGGUUCUGGGGAUUUCUUGUUUCCAAGAAUCUUCUCUCAGCAGCGUGUAUAGCCACUCUUCAACCCCUCUCUCUUUUGGUUGCUGUAAAGACAGUUUAUGCUAUGAAGCUCUAAAAAUUGAAGUAGUGCUAUCUUACCUGUACAAUCUUUUCUAAUAAUGUAAUGGAUGACAUUUCUAUCGGCUA